GGGGCGUGGCCCGAAGCUAACGGGUCACGAGACGGGGCUUCGAAAACGGCGGAAACACCUCUACCAGACGCGCAGCCCGCGCGCGCAAUGCCCCUUCCGGUCACGUGUAAGGUCGUGGGCACGUGCCGGCGCCACUGCGAACAACUAGUGUUGCUGCAAGCGCCGCCUUGGAAUGUUGGAAACUUCUGGAAAGCCUGUGUACACGCUCAAGUGUGCGGCGUCCGCAAAGUGAGGACAGGGAAAGUGCUCAAGGCUAAGCAGGAAGUUCACGGGGACAGCCUGUACUUUGCAUCCAGGACCACGCACCUGAUUAGACACCCCUGCAAGGAGCGCGUAGUGGCGUACCUGGGAAGGCAAGUUUUCCUCUCAACAGACAACUUCGAGAGCAGCCUGCCCCCGCUCACCAUUCCUACAGCCAUGCAGGUUGGUGUGCCCCAGGUCACCUCGGCGUAUUUUUCUGAAGCCGGCCUGCUCUUAGUCAUUAAUCAGAACGUCUAUCUUUAUUCCCUCGACACUGGCACCUGGAGGGCAUCUAAAGGUAUAGAACAUCCGGUCUCUCACAUCUCGGGGGGCACCUGCUGUUACAUGGGCAACUCGUUCUGCACGGAUGUGAGUAAUACACUCUUCGCAUAUAUGCUGGGAGAUGACUUAGGGAAAACUGUUAUAUAUUAUUCAGAGGACGAGGGAGAGACCUUUAUGGACUACGACUCCCCAGGACUGGCAGUGUUCUCCGGGACUUUGGGUGGAAUCUUCUUUUUCCAGUCCUUUUCACAACUCGGGAUGCUCAUAGUCAGAAAGAAGAAGGUAGGGGGGCUAGUGAGCGGCGCGGUGCCUGUACAAUUGUGUAAAAAAGAAAAGAAAAAGGAGGAGGCGCCCCUGGCCUCCCGGACUGACCGGGAUCACCCCCUGCUGGUGACAACCAUAGAUGCGUCCAGAACUUGCCAUGCAUCCCUGGUGGGGGGGAGGGGGGCAGAGUUACCUACGUCGGGAACCACAGAUCGAGGCGCUAAGAAAGAGAGCAAUCGGUAUGCCUGUCAUUACCCACUCACGGGGACACUUGUCACUUUCUUCCAGGCGGCAUUUGCCUACUCAGAUCCCCCCCUCAGCAGCAGUUUUGGGGUCCCCUUUGCCUACAAUGAGAGUCUGGAAGUGCACUUGCCCCCGGGACACAGAGGCAUCCUGAUCCUCUGGUCGGAGAGGACUCUGCAGGUCUCCCACAACACAGGUCAGCUCGUCAGCCCCAUCAUGGUCCAGCAGGGGGAGAAGACCGUGCGCCCUUCCAUUUUCGGAGCCGGCAUCACCAUCCACUCCAUCGCUACCAGUGCGUCCCCGACCCGUCAGACCCCACCCCGCUGGAGACCCACAGCCAGCCCCCACACAGCCCCCGCAGGGACGGUCCCGCGCCUUGUAGACCAACACAUCUGGUCCCAGGAGGCAGCGGUGAUGUUCGUGGACGCAGGGAUGGUUGAGAUACUGACCCCACUCCAGGACCCGGCUUCCCCGGCCUUCGAUUUCCAGAAAUGCCUGGUGAACGUCCAGAAGGUUCUCAUGGAUCCCCAGCUCAAGGCUGACAAGUGCAGAAUAGAGCUUCUGGAAGGAGAGUUCCAAGGCCAGAUAUUCACCAUCGACAUGAACAGCGAGCUGAGGCUGUCCGCCCAGGUGGUCCCGCGGCCAGGCGCCACCCUCAUUCCGAUGGUGAAAGUGAGUAACCCGCACGCCCUGGGGCUGCAGGCCAACUUCUAUGACUUCGGUACCACCUGGCAAGGCAACGCCAAGUAUAAGCUGGACAUUCACCUCAAGCAGCAAUACCACUGGGGCCGGUCCGACAUCAAUUUCCUUUCCAGCAUAAAGCAAAGCACCAUCUCCUCCCUCACUGUGGACAUAGCCAAUAAGGAAAUGUCGUGCAUAGAUAUCAAGCCACUGUCUGCGCUCAUUUCCGUGGGCUGUGACGAACAUAAGAGGCUCGUCGUCCAGAACAAAGUGUCCAACUACAUGAGCUGCCACGAACCCAAUAAGAACAACCCGCUGCAGUGGCCAGAGGCUGAGUACCAGAUCCUGGGCGGCCCCACGGAAAACAAGAUCAUUUUCGAGCAAAGAAACGGGAUCUACGUCUUCUUAAUUUCUGUCGUGGAUCCCUACUACAGCCUGAGUCCAGGCCUGGGGGCUGGACCCUGUGACAGCUGCCAGACACAGAGGACGGCCGACUGAGAACCAGCAGGAACUGAAGUGGCGAGGGGAUGGCCUGGUGGUUACGGGUACCGGGCCCCAUGGUGCGAGUCCCUAAUCUGGCAGCUUGCUUUCUCUCUUUCUCUCUCAACAAGUUAAAAUAAUAAUAACUACUUUUGACUCCUGAGAGAAGCAUAGAGAAGGGGUGGCCGUGUGGCCCUCACCCCUGGGGGUGACGUCUCACCCUCCCUCUCUGUGUCUCUGGGGAGUGCAUGUACCCUAUCGCAAAGAGAAAGGAAAAAACAAUGCCAGGCUCACAUGUGUGUGUUCCAAGAAAUAGAACAGAGUAAAGGGGACCCAAGCACCCAG